AUGGAAGAAAAUAUUCGAAAAGUAAAAUAUCUCAAUGUUUGUAACGAUGGUGAUGUGAAUAACAAUGGCGACUAUUUAUUUAGUAGUAUUAUGACUGAACUUGCAUUUGAUGUUGUCAGUUCGACAGGACAAACAUAUGAACUUAUCCGAGGUGGUUUUCAUAUACCGAUAAAUACUGCCAAUUUCGAAGAUUAUUGUAUGCAUUAUCGUCAAUAUCGUAUUAAUGAAUUUCAUUGA